CAAUAAAGCUGUCUAACGUCUACACCAGCUCCCGACUCGGCUCUCGUGAUUACAUAGAUAAGGUGAAAUAGGAGGAUGACUGUUAGUGUUACAUACUAACAGUCAGUAUACAAUAAUUGGCGACGAGCACGGAUGCGCCUGCCGACGGAUUAAGAGGCGGGUGGCGGCGAAUCCGCGGAGUUCAUCGACGGCUAGCGUUAGCUUAGCUUUGUUAGCAUUAGCUCCGCAUAGCAGCGGGGGUACGACUCACGUCGGGACGACCUGCGAGCAUGGCGGGCAUCCUGGGACAGAUGGACGCCUUUGAUGAGUCGACGGAGCAGUGGUCGACAUACGUGGAGAGGUUUGAGCACUUCGUGGCAGCAAAUGGACUGAAUGAGGGGAGGAAGCUGCCGGUGUUUUUCAGCGUGAUGGGACCGGCGACGUACGGUCUACUGCGCAGCCUCAUCGCCCCAGAGAAGCCGGGCACGAAAACGUAUGAUGAGGUAGUGACAUUGUUGCAAGCACAUUUCUCCCCAAAGCCCAUAGUGAUAGCGGAGAGAUAUAGAUUUCAUAAGAGAGAUCAGGGGGAGGGGGAAACUAUUACACAGUAUGUAACAGAUCUAAAAAAAAUUUAUCAGAGCACUGUGAAUUUGGAGCUUACCUGCAGGAUGCACUAAGAGACAGGUUAGUGUGUGGGUUGAACAGUGAGUCGAUUAAAAAGAGGCUGUUAACAGAGAAGGAUUUAACAUACCAAAGAGCAGUUGAACUAGCAGUUUCAAUAGAAACAGUGGCACGUGAAUCUCAACAGCUCAGUAGCUCACAGAAGGUGAACGCUGUCUCUCUCUCCUUGCCACCGGGCCGUAAAUGCACUCGUUGUGGUAGAGUAAAUCACAAAAUGGAGGAAUGUUUUUACAAGGACCAGUCCUGCCACAAUUGUGGAAAAAGGGGGCACAUAGCUCGUAUGUGCAGGGAGGAUAAAGGGGGACCGAAGACAACACAUGUUUUUGGGGUUAAAAAGGGACAGAAAAUGAAAGGAAAAUUCAAAAAGAGGGCCGAUCAGGUAGAGGCGGAGACUAAGCCCAGCGACCCAGAGACAACAGAUUCAGAUGGGGUGGGAGGCUUACAUGUAGUGGAGGUAGAAAAAAGCGUUAAACAUGAUAGCGCUGCGUCAGCGAUUAUCUGGGUUAGACCCAAAGUGGAGGGACAAACUAUAGAAAUGGAGUUAGACACAGGUGCGGCAGUGUCGAUCAUUUCAGAAAAAGUAUACAAUGCUAAAUUUAGCCAGUUACGCCUCCGUACCACCAACCUACUGUUGAGAUCGUAUACAGGGCAGGUUAUGACACCCUUGGGGGUAAUAAAAGUAGACGUGCGUCUCAACAAACAACGGGCACGUCUCCCCCUGUAUGUGGUUAAGGGUGACGCUCUCUCUCUUUUUGGACGAGAAUGGUUGCGAAAAGUAAAGUUAGAUUGGACAAUGAUUAAAACUAUUCGAGCUACACAUCCCAUACAGGAAGACCGCACAAUGGCGACAGUACUAGACAGCCAUGCCAGGGUGUUCCAAGAAGGUCUAGGUACACUAAAGGGCUUUGAGGUGGCGUUAACCCUCAAGCCGGUGCAUCAACCGAAGUUCUUCCAAGCACGGGCGGUGCCGUAUGCACUUCGGCCGAAGGUGGAGGAGGAAUUAGAGCGUUUGGAACAGGGGGGCGUACUGUCUCCAGUACAGUUUAGUGAAUGGGCUACUCCAAUUGUACCCAUUUUAAAAAAAAAUGGGAAAGUACGUAUAUGCGGAGAUUUUAAAGUGACCUUGAAUCCCGCGCUUUGUGCUGAACACUACCCCAUUCUGAGGAUAGAAGAUCUUUUCGCAUCGCUAGCAGGGGGGCAGCGUUUCAGCAAAUUAGAUCUGGCGAACGCAUAUUUACAGGUGCCGGUUCAGGAAAACUCCCGUAAAUAUCUGACCAUUACCACGCAGAAGGGAAUGUUUUGCUAUAACCGUCUUCCCUUCGGGAUCACCUCUGCGCCGUCAAUCUUUCAGCGAGUCAUGGACCAAGUGUUGCAGGGCCUCCCCAACGUCCAUUGUUUCCUGGACGACAUUUUGGUGACUGGGGAGAACGAUGCAGAUCACCUAAAAAACUUAGAUGCAGUGUUGGGCCGAUUGGGAAAAUUCGGUUUGCGAGUACAGAAGGAGAAAUGUGAAUUCUUCAAGAGUUCAUUAGAAUAUUUGGGGCAUGUCAUUGAUAAAAAAGGGCUACAUAAGUCCCCAGAGAAGCUUAAGGCCAUAGCGGAGGCCCCAGCCCCCAUUAAUGUGAGUCAGCUCCGUUCUUUUUUGGGCCUGAUAAACUAUUAUGGGCGUUUUGUUAAAAACAUGGCAACCAUGCUCAGCCCGUUACAUGAGCUGUUGCACACCGGAGUGGCAUGGAAGUGGUCACCAGAGUGCGAGAAAGCCUUUAAGGCAGCAAAAGACCAUUUGCAAUCAGAACAGGUGCUAACGCAUUAUGACCCCAGGUUGCCCCUGCGGAUAGCGUGUGACGCGUCGCCGUAUGGGGUGGGCGCGGUACUUUCGCACGUGAUGCCCGGUGGUGAGGAGAGACCCAUAGCCUUUGCCUCUAGGACACUCAGCAAGGCAGAGCAAAAUUAUGCUCAGAUUGAAAGGGAGGCGCUGGGAAUUAUUUUUGGGGUACGUAAAUUCCACGCCUAUUUGUACGGGUGCCAUUUUACACUACUCACAGAUCACAGACCGCUGACAAGUAUAUUGAGUCCCAGUAAGGCGACGCCACCUAUGGCGGCCGCACGACUGCAGCGGUGGGCGUUAGUGUUAGCGGCACACAACUACACAAUCCAAUACAGGAAAGCAGCAGAUCAUGGGAAUGCAGAUGGUCUCUCACGGUUGCCACUGCAGGUAGCGCAUGGGGAAAAGCCAGAUGCAGUAGAUAGGGUGACAGUACAUCACCUUGAGACACUCCCAGUGGACAGUGAAGAUAUUAGGAAGGGAACUAAAUAUGACCCAGUGCUCUCUAGGGUAGUAGAUAUGGUAGUUUCAGGCCAGUUUGUUGGAACAGUUGGGCAGAAGGACGCGUUGGCACCCUUCUACAUGCGACGAGACGAACUGACGGUGAUCCAGGGGUGUUUGCUAUGGGGCAGUAGAGUGGUGGUGCCUCCAGCGUUGAGACCGCAGCUUCUGAAGGAACUACAUGCCGGGCACCCAGGCAUGGUCAAGAUGAAGGCCAUUGCACGGAGCCAUGUCUGGUGGCCGGGGUUAGACGCCCAGAUUGAACAGCAGGCCAGGACAUGCUCUACGUGUCAACGGAACCAAAAGAACCCGGCGCUCUCCCCACUACACACCUGGCCGUGGCCGGGAUCUCCAUGGCAACGGAUCCAUGUGGACUUUGCGGGGCCGUUCGAAGGACACAUGUUCUUGGUGGUGGUAGAUGCGUACUCUAAGUGGCCGGAAGUACAGGUGAUGAAAACGACGACGACGGAGAAGACUGUACAGGCCCUGAGGAGUAUGUUUGCCCGCAACGGAGUACCAGAGACACUGGUUAGUGACAAUGGGCCACAAUUCACAGCGGCAGAGUUCGGGGCAUUUCUCCGGGCAAACGGAGUGAAGCACAAAAGGUCAGCGCCGUUUCACCCCGCCACGAACGGUCAAGCAGAGCGUUUUGUGCAGACGCUGAAGCGUUCAUUGAAAGCGUCUAGGGGAACAUUUACGCUGCAACAUCGAGUGGAGGCAUUUUUACUCAGCUACAGGAAUGCGCCUCACAUGACGACGAGUGAGUCUCCGGCUAUGCUCUUCCUGCGCCGUCGGCUCCGCUCUCGCUUGGACCUUGUGAAGCCGAACGUGUCGGCUACGGUGGAGCUGGCGCAGGAGGGCCAACGAGAACGCAGAGAUCUGGUGGCUAAGGACAGACGGUUUGCAGUGGGGGAGGCCGUGCUGGUGCGUGAUUAUCGACGGGGGGAGGAGAAGUGGAUGCCUGGACUGGUGGCAUCACAAGAGGGACCGGUAUCCUACUCCGUGGAUGUGGGGGCAGGCGCACUCUGGAGACGUCACACAGAGCAGAUGAGAGCCGGUGACCGUGGGCUUUUGGUUCCCACUGGUCCAGAGCAACCAGCUGUGCCGAGUGAACUGACAAUUGGGGCCCAGCCGGUUGCUCCCCCCCCUUCUCCGGCAAGAGGGGAUGCUCUGGGAACCGGGACAGUCGCCCCCGAGCCAGGAGGGUCACCCAGACGGAGAGCGGAUGUUGGCGCGCCAGGCCGGAGGUAUCCACUCCGGGUUACCAGAGCUCCAGACCGCCUUAAUCUCUGAACUGGGGGCGUGGGUUGUUAGAGAGUCAUGUCACGUUUUGGGGCAGAAUAAUCCCCGUUGACUGACUCCGAGGUUCGGGGGUAGUCUACCCCCCGGCCUCAGUAAGCAGGUAUGUGUUUAAGUUUGAGUUCCCUAUUUACAAUAGCCCCCUAAGUGGGUAUUUCAAUGUAUUUUAUGGUUACACCGCCGAUUCGCACAAAGCAUCAUUUUGCACAUAACACACGUUCUAAGUGCUUAUGGCCUAGUCUGUUUUUAUAGGCUGGGGUUAAUAGGGGUGGUUUUAGGUGGGUGCGAAUCUGAAUAAGUGGGGAGGGAUGUUGUGUAUUGAGCUGUAUGUUUUGUCUGCAUGGUUACACCCAGUGACCACUAGGGGGAGUGCCAGGUGGGUUCAUAUAUGUUGGGUUGAACUUCCGUUCGGUGUGUGGCAAUAAAGCUGUCUAACGUCUACACCAGCUCCCGACUCGGCUCUCGUGAUUACAUAGAUAAGGUGAAAUAGGAGGAUGACUGUUAGUGUUACAUACUAACAGUCAGUAUACAAUAAUGAUUGAAACAGAUUCACGAACACAGAUGUCCAGAAUACUGUGGAAUUAUGAAAUGAAAACAGAGCUUUUUCGUAUCGGCUUCAAUGUGGAAGGCAUACCCGUGUUCGCCGGGCAACGUCACACGCAUACGUCAUCCUCAGAGGCGUUUCGAACCGGAAGUUUAGCGGCAAAUUUAAAAUGUCACUUUAUAAGUUAACCCGGCCGUAUUGGCAUGUGUUAUAAUGUUAAGAUUUCAUCAUUGAUAUAUAAACUAUCAGACUGCGUGGUCGGUAGUAGUGGGUUUCAGUAGGCCUUUAACCAAAAAAUAUGUAAAACUAUUGACAAAAUACUUGUUGACUUUGUUUGGAAAAACAAAAUUCAUUAUAUUAAGAAAUCUGUUAUAAUGAACAAUUAUAAUCAGGGUGGUCUAAACUUUCUGGAUUUCACUCCACUAAACAACACCUUCAAGAUUAAUUGGAUACGACACUAUUUGAAAGACCCUACCUCAAUUUGGAACUUCAUUUCUCAUCAUGUAUUUUCUAACCUUGGAGGCCUAAAAUUUUUGCUAUUGUGUAACUACAGCAUUGAUAGGAUUCCUGUUGCUCUUUCAAACUUCCACAAACAAGCCCUUCUGGCAUGCUCUCUUAUAUACAAGCACCAUUUCUCACCUACCAAAUACUUCAUUUGGAACAAUAAAGAUAUAUGUUACAAAAGGAAAUCUCUUUUCCUCAACAAUUGGUUCAACAAUGAUAUUAUUUUAGUGAGUCAGCUUUUCAAUAAGGAAGGUCAACUUUUUAAUUACCAAGAAUUUCUCAACCACUUUAAGGUCCCUGUAACUCCCAAACAAUUUGCCAUUGUAUUUGAUGCCAUUCCAACGGGUGUUGUUAUGUUGUACAGGGCUUACUCAUCUCCUCUUUCUGCUGUAAAAAUUGUGAAUGAUCCACUUGACACUCCUGUGGGGAAACUUUGCUUUGAUCAGAAAAAUAACAGAAAAAUCCGCAGCUUAUUCCAAAAUGAUUGUGUGUCUGUCUCCUAUGUAAUUGCGCUCUGGAAUAAUAUUGUGAAUGACAUCUGCUGGGUCAAAACAUGGUCCCUUCCUAACAGGUAUUUACUUACCAACAAAGUCAAAGAGAUAUCUUUUAAAAUCAUUCAUCGUUAUUACCCUGUAAAGACUGUGAUGGUUAGAUACAAGAAGGACAUUGAUGUUACCUGCACCUUAUGUAACAUGCAUCCAGAGACUGUUUACCACCUGUUUUGGACUUGUGAAAGCACUCGAUCACUAUGGCAGGCAUCUGUCGCUUCAUCCUGGACAAUAUUCACGACACAUUUGUGCUUUAAUUUUAAAGAUGUGAUAUUUGGUUUUACACUAUAUGAACAAAAAUUUGAAAAGGAAUUUUACCUUUGCAACCUCAUUAUACUAUUGGCUAAGUUUUAUAUUCAUAAAUGUAAGUUUCUCAGUACCCGACCUGUCUUUUGUGCCUUUAAAAAAGAGUUAGAACUGUACAUUAAGACACUCUCUACCUCUAGCAACCAGAAAGCUGUGAAGACGAUUAUGCUGUGUUCCAAAUUUGAGUUGUUUACUGAAAUUGA